ACGAAGCGGCCGCCGUGCGCGCCAGUUUCCGUUCGUCUCUCCGGUUGCUGGGAGCCAAGACAAACUCACGCUCUGUUUGAGCAGAACACAAUUACAGACGUGCGCGUAAAUAUUUGCUCAGAAAACAGACUCCCCACGAGCGAUGGGUAUAAAUGAGCAAACCGCUAAUUAUCCAUAACGCGAAACGGCCAGCAGGACUUCAACGAGCGACAUCCAUAGAGCGUUAUACGGAUGGCAGCAAGCGUUAUCAGGACACUGAGUAAUCUGGGUUUGGCGAAACCCUUCUCUCCCUGCUUCUUUCCGGCUGAGGAUGAGGAGGAGACUGAAGAAGAAUAUGAAGAGGAGCUGAGAGAAGACAGUUUGGAGGAGGAAGAGGAUGCAGUGGCCAAUGAAUCUCAAGAGGAAGAGCCAUGGAGUUUUGAUUCGUCCCCCAAUAACGCUGAGAUGACCAGUCAGCUCCUUCGGUUUGCUGAACUCAUCAGCAGCGACGUCCAACGCUACUUCGGCCGAAGCCAAGACCCUGAUGCCUGUGACAUCUAUGCAGAGAGACCGUGUCCAAAAGUCGGGGGCCGCCAGAGAUACUAUGCUGACUUCAUCAAAGUUGCAUCUUCAGGGCAGGCGGAGGAGCCUGAGUCGCUCGGGCCCCUGGCGGAGCUCUUUCAAGACGCUCAAAGGAAAGGACGAGGUUUGCCCAUGAACCAACGCCGCCUGCCAAUCAGUUUCUGGACAGAGCCUUUCGCACAACAGCUUGAUGUGUUAGGUGAUACAAACACGCAAGAGAACUUGCUCAGUCUGAUCAACACAUCAGAGAGCUCCAGCAACAUCAACACUUCACUGAGCGUAUUCAGUAACACGAGCGUUUGCACCAUGAGCAGCUCCAGUAUCUCAGGGACUCUCAGUAGCUCAAGCACCCCAGACUUCAGUGAUUUACUUGCUCACUGGGCCAUGGACAGAGAGAAUCCCAAUGAAUUCAACUGUGACUUUCCACUAUCAUAAUCAAUUACCCUGUGUUCUGCACUGCCAAAUAUCAUGUUGUUAAUUUGUACUUAAAACUUUUCUUCUUGUUUUUAAUGUUCGUCUUGUUUUCCAGUAAAAUAUCUACACAAGAUAUUGUGACAUUUAAAAAAACAAAAGGUCCGUUCUCAUGUUUUUAUUAGUUUUAAUCUGAAUAUUUUUUUUCUAACUGUUGUUUUGUGGCAGUGUAUUCAGUACUACUUUUUUUUUUUAAA